AUGGCAAGAGAUCAGUUUCGUGUGGAUUUGGAUUACGGGGAAAUGGAGCUUCGUUCUCAUCGAUUCCUCAGCGAGUUCGACUCGUCCGCCGAAUCAUUCAUCUCGCUCCGUCGUUGCCACCGUGAUCCGUACGCUUCCGGCUUCGUGGAUACGCUCUCCGACCAGUUCUCUUCGAUGUCUCUUCUCCGUCCUAAACCCAUAAGGAUUCCUCCUCCGCCCUGGAGUCUCCAGGGUUUAAGAUCAAAGAGUCUCUUUACAGCGACGAACACAAGCGAUGCCGGUUCUGAAGUUUAUCAGAGAUUUUACUAUGAAAGGUCCAAGCUUGAUCCUUUCUACGAACUUCAUCUUUCAAGGCUUCGCAACAAUGAGUCACAGGAAGAGAGAGCUAGAAUUUUACAGAGACAAGCGACACGGUUGCAGAACGGUGGUCUGGUUCAUCGAAAUGGCAACGUUUUGAGGAAAUCUGUUGGAACCGGCGUUUACCACCCUCUUCAGCGUCCAACUUGGGAAACUUUCAGCUCAGUGAAGAAGCGUAAUCAAAGUGAGAAAGAGUUAAUGUAG